AUGCCGUCUCCGGGUGGCCGAUAUGCUUGGUUUCAGUCGGAUGGUAAUAUUUGCAUAAAUUACUUCAGAAAAAAUAUGGCAUUAACUGAUGUUCGAGUAGAAAUAGAAAGACGAAAGGUCUCUUUGUACCUGACCAUUCCCACCGGUGAUGAGUUGCUCAAAAAAUUUCAGUUGCUUCAUGAAGUUGUGCCAGAGGAGUCGUCAUACCGUGUCACUGCCACGAAAAUCGAAAUCAAGUUAAAGAAAGCGGAUAAAGUUUGCUGGAGUCAUCUGGAAUCUCAAGAUUGUGUUACUGGUUCAGGAAUUCGUAAGUUGAAGUUAGUUAGGGUGCAGUUAUAG